AUGCGCGGGAGACACUCGCUCUUCUUCCAGGCCUUCGCGCUCUUCAUCCCCCAUGGAGGCGCACAGUGGCUGAACACUUUCUCUUGCCCUGCCAACAACAACACGUUCGUCACAGAUAGUACGGGCGGAAACUAUCGCAUAACUUGUGGUGCCGACCCGAAUCCCAAUGGCGGCACCAAUACCUUGGCUGUAGCGAGCUGGAAUGAAUGUUUCGACACAUGCACCUUGAAUGCGACCUGCACUGCGUUCACAUACCUUGGUGUCGCUCUAGGAAACGGACGCGGCACAUGCAAUUUCAAGGCCAGGUGGAACGGAGGAAACAACCUUCGAGACCGUAAUUGGGACAACCGUUACAUCGGCGCUGUCAGACAAGUCGUGAGCGCGCAAAACCCGACUUGCCCUGCUGUCGAUGGAAGAUAUGUUACGGACGAUACUGGCGCGCAGUAUCUCGUGAGCUGUGGCGGUGAUACGAGUCCAACUACGGCUAUCUCUUCAUCCUCGGUGCCGAACUUCAACGACUGUUUUAUCAGCUGUAGCAACAACCCCUCAUGUGUUGCCUGGACCUACAGGGGAGGCGUCAACGGCCUCGGCACUGGAACUUGUUCCCUCAAAGCUAACCAACCAGGCGGGGCCCAAUUCGUUCCAAGCACGAGUUCAUACGUAUCGGGCAUCAGAGUCGCCCCUGUUCCUCCAUCAUCGAGCAACAACUUUGCCUGCGCGUCAGGCAGCACGACGUAUACGGAUACUAACGGCGUCGCGUAUGUCACCCGAUGUGGAGAUGAGACCUUGCCUUUCGCCGCUGUUUCCCAACAGCCCGGAAGCAAUGCGAAUGACUGUUGGGCCGCGUGUUCCAGUAACGCCGCUUGUACCGGCUGGACGUACCGACGUAACGAUUUCGUGUCGACCACCGCUGGCGCGGGCACAUGCUUCUACAAGGGCGCGAACACGGGCGGAACUGGCAACGGCUUCUAUACACGCAACAACACGUUAAUGAUCUCCGCAAUCAAGGCCGCCAACUACGACCCGGCCCAAAACGGUCCGCGCCCAAACAGCUUCAGUUGCCCUGAAGUCGAUGGAACGGUAGUUACAGAUGUCGAUGGCGGGCAGUAUCGCAUGAGAUGUGGCUUCGACACAAAUCCAAGCGACACUGCCUCGACUCUCUAUAUAACCACGUCGACCACUUUCAAUGCGUGUUACCGCAGUUGUAGUUCCAAUUCCACGUGCGGUGGCUUCACCUGGAAUGCAAUAACUACCACUGGACUCUGCUAUUUCAAAGCCGCGCCCGUAUUCCGGAGCGGCACCUACGAUGCGAGAUUAAUAUCUGCGAUUAGGGCGACUCCAAUUACUAAUUUUACUUGCCCUGCGGUCAAUGGAACGGUAGUUACAGAUCUCAAUAAUGUGCAGUAUCGCAUAAAAUGCUACGACGACACGACUCCGACAGACCCUGCCUUGACUAUCUAUCAGACUUCUGCGACGAAUUGGAAUGAGUGUUUCGCCAGUUGUAGCGCCAAUGCCACGUGCAGUGCCUUCAACUACAAUGCCGGUACUAGCACCUGUUUUUACAAGACCGGACCAGCUGGAUACCGCAAUUUUAGGAAUCCAAAUCAGGAUUUCGUGGCUGCCGUCAGGAUCGUAUCACAGAACAACUAUACUUGCUCCGCGGGUCAAAGAACACUUUACUCGGAUGUCAGAGGAACCCUUUACAUUACGAGUUGUGGUGAUGAUACAACCCCGCCGGAUACUCUUUCCCAGCAAGUAGUCGGAUAUGGUGGUAUUAACGACUGCUGGGAUUCGUGUUCUACCAACACCGCGUGUGCUGGAAUGACGUUCAAUGGCAAUUCUUACUCGAACGGUAUCGGCGGGGGAACUUGCGUUUACAAGGGCUCGACCGCGAAUGGAACCCCGAACAGCUUUGUGGCUGCUAACAACCCUCUGUUGGCUUCAUCGCUCAAACUCGCCAGAUACGCCCCUCUUACGUCCUCAUACACCUGUCCAGCCCAACAAGACCUGAGUACCGUCACCGAUGCAAACACUGGCUUGCCCUACGUUCUGCGCUGCGGCGGUGACACUGCUGGCACUGCAUUCGCAACCUUCAAUGCCACCUCCGGGUUCAACGACUGCAUUACGCAGUGUACUGCCGAUACUCGUUGUACCACUUGGACCUACACUGGCGCGACCAACGGCGCUGGGCCAGGAACAUGCGCGCUCAAAUCGAGUAACUCAACAGGCUUUACCCCAGCAACAGGUGCUGGAUCCCAAAACCGCGUCGCCGGAAUUCAACAGCGCGCCUACGAUGGCAGCAACGGCGCAAUCGCGGCUACGACAGUCUUCCCGCCCGCGGCUACUCAAGUCGCCACACAGAUCAUUCUCGUCACUACGACGAUUCUUCAGCCAGUGCCAACGACCAUACUGUCUACAAUCUCGCGACUGACCACUAUUACAUCGAGUGUGACAGUGACCGCCACGAAUAUCGCGACUUUACCUGAUACUACACUGCGAGUCACUUCCGUGCAAGUGGUGCCUACAACCAUCGCCACCAUCCAGGCCAUCACCAUCACCGUCAGCACAAUCACUACUCAGACAAUCGUCACCGUGAUCCCCACGACCAUCGUGCAGACCCUCAGCGCAGCGACCACCAACCUUCUGGCUACUGGCAUCAACACUGCAACGACCACAUUGCGAGCCGUGGUAACCGUUACCCCAGUCCAGUCCGUUCAGCCAACGUACACGGUCACCGGCUAG